AUGCGUUCCUGCUCCAGGUUUUAUCACCGUUCCUGCUCCAUGUUUUAUCACGUGUUCCUGCUCCAUGUUUUAUCACCGUUCCUGCUCCAGGUUUUAUCACGCGUUCCUGCUCCAGGUUUUAUCACCGUUCCUGCUCCAGGUUUUAUCACACGUUCCUGCUCCAGGUUUUAUCACCGUUCCUGCUCCAGGUUUUAUCACACGUUCCUGCUCCAGGUUUUAUCACCGUUCCUGCUCCAUGUUUUAUCACCGUUCCUGCUCCAGGUUUUAUCACGCGUUCCUGCUCCAUGUUUUAUCACCGUUCCUGCUCCAUGUUUUAUCACGCGUUCCUGCUCCAGGUUUUAUCACGCGUUCCUGCUCCAGGUUUUAUCACGCGUUCCUGCUCCAGGUUUUAUCACGCGUUCCUGCUCCAGGUUUUAUCACCGUUCCUGCUCCAGGUUUUAUCACCGUUCCUGCUCCAGGUUUUAUCACCGUUCCUGCUCCAGGUUUUAUCACGCGUUCCUGCUCCAGGUUUUAUCACCGUUCCUGCUCCAGGUUUUAUCACGCGUUCCUGCUCCAGGUUUUAUCACCGUUCCUGCUCCAGGUUUUAUCACGCGUUCCUGCUCCAGGUUUUAUCACCGUUCCUGCUCCAGGUUUUAUCACGCGUUCCUGCUCCAGGUUUUAUCACCGUUCCUGCUCCAGGUUUUAUCACCGUUCCUGCUCCAGGUUUUAUCACCGUUCCUGCUCCAGGUUUUAUCACCGUUCCUGCUCCAGGUUUUAUCACGCGUUCCUGCUCCAGGUUUUAUCCUUUCUCCAGCGUAGUGACACUGUAGCGCUGAGGAUACAGGAGCUGAAACAUAGAAAGUUCUAGUAGAGUGAGGAGCAGUUCCUAUAAUAAAUACACACAAGAGGAACUAAGGUGUCGCUUUCACAACGGUGAACCGUCCCGAGUUUUACCUCUGAGCCUGAUUCGUCCUCCUCUCGGGGCCUGAUGGAGGAGCUCGGUGCUUCCCCUCUCACUCGGUGCUUUUUCUGUCUAAAAUCUAGAGAUCAUUAUAUAAAAUCCCAGGAGCUCAACAGCUUCUGAAAGUCAGACCACGAGUCUGGAACCAACCACCAUUUCACAGUCUGAUGUCUGAUCUUAACAUCAUCCCUGAAACUGCUGAAACCUUAUCAGAUAAAUAACAUGCCGGAGUGUGUGUGUGUAUGGGUUCCUAAUAAAUUGGCCAGUGUGUGUACGUUGCAUUAGGUCUCACAGUUUGUGUGUGUGUGUGUGUGUGUGGGCAGGAGGCCUUAUGGAGGCCAGUCCAGCUUGAUUAUUUUCCUGUAACAGCUCAAGCUCAGGUGUUUUAUUCCUCCUCUCUCUCUCUCUCUCUCUCUCUCUCUCUCUCUCUCUCUCUCACUCUCUCUCUCUCUCUCACUCUCUCUCUCUCUCUCUCUCUCUCUCUCUCACUCUCUCUCUCUCUCACUCUCUCUCUCUCUCUCUCUCUCUCUCACUCUCUCUCUCUCUCUCUCUCUCUCUCACUCUCUC